UCAUUUUGUCUAUUGAAUCAUUUUAAAAAAAACUUAAACUUUCGAAGUUCAGAUAGUUAGCUUAAUUGACAUUGAUAAUCGUGUUGUUACGGUACAAGAUGUGUGAAUUUGGAAAAAUUCCAGCCACAACGGUGAAGGAGAGUUCAAUAACAUCUAACGAUCUCUUGUUUCUUUCAGUUUGACUUCAAUCAACUACCACUUUCUACUAUUUUAAGGUUUUGCACCACUUUAUGUUUCUUCCCCUUUUGACUCUUCAAGUUUAAAGUCUUUCACCUUUUGAAGCUCAAACUUUGAGAAAUUAAUAUUUACAAUAGCAACGAUUUCAUCUAGUGGAAAAAUUGGGUUCAAUCAAAAUGAGGAAAAGUGUAAUCUUGAAGCAUUCGAUCGCUCUUGUAACCAUUCUAGUCACCAUUUGCUGCAUUUUCAUCGUAAUGGUAACUUUUUACAAUCUUCCAGAAGCUAAAAACAAGAGUAAUGAGAAAAUGGGGUUUGACCCAAUUACCAGAUCUAGAAAAAAUUCCUUGCAAGAUUUCAAAUUGGGAAAGUUUGGUGAAAUGAUGGUUGAAAUGUUACCUCAAGAUCUUGCUUUUACAAUUUUUGUUCCUUCUGAGGAAGCUUUUAAGCGUGAUCUGCGUUUGAGUUUGAAUGAUAGUUUGAAACAAGACAAGUUUAAUGAUACAUAUGCAAUUGUGAGUCGUGUGUUGGGUUUCUCUGCUGUUCCUCGUACAAUUUGUUCUGUUGAUUUGAGGUUUGGUGAGGUUGUGUCUUAUGAUUCUUUGUCUGGGUUUCCAUUGUAUGUUUCAAAAGAUGUUGGUGGAAUCGUGGUUGUUAAUAGGAUUCGUAGUGAAAUUGUAGAUGUUAGAAAAAGGGAGAUUGUUGUUCAUGUUUUGGAUGGGGUUAUUAUGGAUGCUGAUUUUGAACAAUCGGUUCUAUAUGAGGAAACUGAGGAAGAUUGAUUGUAUUCAAAUUUUUUUUUAUUGACGAAUGUUAGUAUGUUAAAUUAUGUUAGUUUUUGGGAUGCAUUCUGGAUGUCCUGUUUAAAACUCUUUCAACUGAGUUUAGUCUUAAUACUUCACACUUGCACAUACAAGAGGUAAAUGUAAAAGCAAAAGGUUUUCAUUUUCUACUUGAAUAUGUGGAAAUUUAUUUAGUUAAUGGCAUGGACAAUAAGUGUUGUUUACCUGUUCAAUCCAUGCGUAGUUCUUAAAUAUGCAUUACUAAAUUUGAUGUUUUUCAGUUCA